AUGCAAGUGCAAAGGCAUCGCUUGCCGCACUCUUCGCGAGUUGAGCUCAAGCAAAUUCCGAAAUCUUUUCAGACAUGGAUGGUAUCCUGGCCUCAGCAUUUCACCCCAGACAUCGUGCAUCUGCCUCGUGAUGCAAUUCAGCAAAAGCGGUGCCUGAAGGCACAUCCAUUGCCAGGAAGACCCGUCUCUUCGCCACAGGUGAUACUGUGGCAUUGCAAGCAUCCGCAUGGCCUGUUCUCGAUGUUCUCCCUAGCGCUUGGACACAUGGAGACUUGCGAGAAGACGGGCGCCGCCCUACUGGUGGAUUGGUCUUCGGAAGAGUUGCUCUACCGAGGCCCUCCUGGAGAGCCCAAUGUUUGGAACGCCUUCUUCUGCCAACCUGCAGAAUUGAAGAUGCCCCAAGAGGCACUCCGUGCUGCCGUUGACAAUGGACGGUACACCGAGACGAGCAGCCACAAAGUGGUCUACGGAAACUACCGCGGAGUUAUCCAGGGCUACGGAAGCAUUCCAGCCCACCAGGCAGCACAAGGACGUGCUUUGUGCAAGAGAAAUAUCGUAUUGCGUCCAAAGUUUCAGCAAAAGUUGCAGACUGUCAUAGACUCGCUGCCGUUUGGUCGUCUUUUGGCCGUCCACAUACGCCGCAGCGACAAGGGCUGUGAGGCCAAAGCCAACUUCGAGCUUUCGGACGACCGUCUCCUGCAGCGCAUCCUUCAACAGUGCCAGGCUUGGGGAAUGAACGGCAUCUUUCUCUGCACUGACGAUGCAUCUUUGAAGCAGCGCCUGACGAACGCCCUCGAGCGGACAGGCUUGUCCGUCUCGAUGUACGACUCAACUUUGCCCACAGAUGGCACCAAGGCAGUCCACUUCGACAAGACAGUGGAUGCUUACAAAAAAGCAGAGGACGUGGUGAUGGAGGCACUUCUGAUGGCGAAAGGCUGUCACGGCUUGCUGUCAACGUACUCCAACGUGUCAGCUGCCGUCGUUUACCUCAGCCACGACAAAUACCCGUACACCACAUUUUGGGAUCCACCCGAGACUUCGUGA